AUGGGCUUGGCCAAAGAUUGUCUGAUAGAAAAGUGCCUCACCGUGAGCAUCUCGUCUCCGGUGAAUACAAAUCGGCCGACCGGAACUUCAAUCUCCUCCUCGGCCGAGAUCUGUCUCGUAAUCGAGGUUGAAUCCAUCACUAACCUAGCCACCUCACUUAACCGGCCCCUCUUCAUCCUCACCGUUAACUCGCCUUCACCAGAUCCGUCGCCGACGAAACCCUACCCGCCGCCCUAUUCUCGCGAUCUCAUCCUCCUCCGUUGUCAAAGCGAUUCCGCUAGAAGGGCAACAAACCAGAUGCUUCGGCAAUGGGCUGAGAAGGACCCGCCGCGAACAUCGGCCGGAUAUCUCGCAAACCGCCGUCACCGCCAUCAAUCAUGGAGGCAGAUCUCCUCUCUGCUCCAACACGACAAGAAGGAAAAAAAAAUUGGGCUUGGCCCAUUUGGAGUAGUGAUAAUUGGGCUUGGCUCAUGGGGAAUAUUGGAGCCCUUAGUCAAGGCCUUUUGGUUAAUGAAUUUGAGCCCAAUAUAG